AAGCUUUACCAGCCAACAAGCACGAUGCCCUUCAAGUCUUUCGAGUUCGAAUCCAUCGACGAUCAUCUGCGAACGGACGGAUUGUACAGCUCUUCUCCCUACACACGAAGUUCGUCACUCAUCCGGGGCUCCACCUACCCCAGGAGGUCUUCAUUGACGGACAUGAGACUUCGCGCAGAUGACUUAGAUCACAUCCCUCUCAGAGACACCUCUGUAAACACCUUAGGUGUAAGCACUAAGUCUCAAGACCCUGCGCUUCGGAGGUAUAGCAGAGAAUUGGCCAGAUUGCGUCGUCACACGGACACGGGCCUCGUGUCCCUUGGCCUGGGCCUGGAUCCCUACGGGAGAACGCCUGGAGGCUACAGCAUGGCGCAACGGCAUCAGCACCUACGGAAGCCUCGCUCCUGGCACCCCUCUCCCUACGUGUCGGAGGACGAAGACGAGAGAGAGGAGAAGAAGGCCAAGAUCAAGGCGGAGAUCGCCCGAAGGAGGCAGCACAUCGAAGAGAAUGCACGACUGCAUGACGAGCUCUACAAGAUCGCCAGGAUACGAGACGCAACAGGUUACGUAAGCCCAGCUUACGGCGAUCGUCUCUAUACGAGCCCCAUUUCCUUGGAGAGCGGUGGCUCGUCCCAGGAGUCGACCCGGGAUCAGGACUUGUCCGUCCUGCAGACCAUGGACGACCUCCUCCGUAAGGAUGUCUAUAGAAAUCAUCCAUACUCCUCCUAUUCCUCUGCAUACGUAUCGCCGCAGCACACGAGAGCAUCCAGGUAUGACUCAGUUGCCCGCUCUCAUCACCAGCCUUGGCAGUACGAAAACUUGUAUCUGGAGGAUGAUCCACUGGAUCCCUACUAUUCGCCUGUGGAUUACUACCCCUUAGCAACGGACUCCGAAACGGAUUUGGCCCCCAUGCCUCUGCUGCCGGACAUGCCGACCCGGUCCCGGAAACUCCUGCAGGACCUCGGCAGCUCUCCUAUAGGACCCCACACUUCCACAGCUGCCUCCUCGAGACACCACCACCACUCAUCCAGAUCAGGUGGUGUUCCUCAGCCUUAUGACGAGUACACUGACGGCCGGGGUGCCGUUGAUGACCUCAGACGCUCGUCUCCUCAUUCUCAGCCGUCAGGGGAUCGACAGCAGUCCACCCACCUGCGAAAAGCUCAAGACCCAAAAACCAGUCAUAAGUACGACUUUCCUGUAAAAAGAAUUUUGCUCACUAGAGAUCCAAAAGACCGUUCUGUUAGUGGUAAUGGUCUUGGGAUGAAAGUGGUCGGUGGCAAAGAGAUACCAGGGAGCAAUGGAAUGAUAGGAGCUUAUGUUGCCCGGAUAUAUCCGGGAGGAGUCGUUGAGACCCUCGGAGAAGUCAGAGAAGGAGACCAGGUGUUGGAAUGGAACGGAGUCCCUUUGACGGGGAAGACCUACGAGGAGGUGCAGAGGAUCAUUGCCUCAUCAGGAGAUGAAGUCGAGAUAAUUAUACGCAGCGACUUCAACAUGUUAAGUUCUCGGUCAUCCUCCCAUCAGCAUCAUCACCAUCACCAUCAACAGCAGCAGAACCAGCAUCAGUCUCGGUUGUCCAGAAGUAGCGGUCACCACGACCAGCAUCACCAGCAGAGUCACUCGCGGUCUACAAAUUCGUCCUACCAUCACUCAGGCAGCUACAGGACGUCAAGGGGCGACACCGACGGUUACAAUAGGAAUUAUGAUAGCGCGGAUUUCUUGAGAUCACCUGUGGAUGAAGUCCAUAAUUCGAAUUACAUGGAUCCAUAUCGAGAUUCGGAACGUUGUGGAUCGGCUUCCCCUCCCAGGGGUUACCGGACGUCACCUCCAAGACAGCAGCGAAUAGGCUCACCUAUUGGCAAAGGUGAUAAUUCGGACAAUAAGGAAAAGUACCGGGCAGAAGAUAUAUCUGGUGAAAUACAGCUCCAAGUGUGUUACGAUUCGAAAGCCGCCAUCUUGUAUGUGACGAUCGUGCGCGCGAGGAAUUUAGUGACAUCCAGAGAUAACAGCGGCCUUCCAGAUCCCUAUGUAAAGUGUUACUUAUUACCAGAUCGGUGCGUGGAGAACCAGAGGCGAACGCGGUACUUUUCCCGCUGCAGCAACCCGGAGUGGAAACAGACCAUGGUUUACCCGAACGUCCCUCAGGAUCAGCUGAAGAAAAAGCACCUCGAGAUAUCUGUUUGGAACUACGACAUCAAUAGGCCCUCCGAGUUUCUUGGAGAAGUAAUACUUGAUCUAAAAGAUACGUCUGUCAUCGACGAGCAGUCCCGGUGGUACAAACUUCAUCCUCACGAUCCCAAGAAAUAUCCGAGUCACUCGUCCACCCUGAACAACGAAGGGGCCAUGAAAAUGGCAAGACUCAACAACCCCGCUCAAAAAUCUCUUUACUUCGAGAACGGGGGAGACGACAUCAGAAAGCAGCAACACACUGCAUAAGUGCGGGACAACUUCCUCCUAAUAAAAGUAUAUUUCUUCUUUCUCUUUCUUUUAACUUCUCUAAUCUUCUCUGCUAUGUGAUCAGUGUUGCCACUCAUAAGUAUUAUAAAAACACUUCCUACGAAAGGAAGUACGCAUGAAAUAUUU